ACCCUGAGAGAAAACAUCCCCGGCGAGAGGAUGGCGGCUCGCCCCCGUCCGACAGCGCGUAGAAUCCCGGACCGCCCGGACGUCGUUGCGUCGUAGAGGACGCGAGGUGGAGAGCGCGCGCGAGAGGCGAGACGAUCGACGUGAAGCGUGAAGCGAGUGUCGCCAGUCGCCCUGAAGGCCUGAAGGUUGCCGCGAAGCGGGGGACGGGAGACGCCGGAGACGGCGCUGUGCAACGAGUGCGGCGACGGCGACGACGCCCGACGGCGGCGACAGAAACGGGGACGGCGUCGACGGCGACUGACACUGACGGCGGCCGGGGUGCAACAAGCGUCCGCGCGCCGGGACAAACAUGAGCGAGCGGAACUCGCGGCUGCUUGCGAGGCUCGACCUGUGCGUCGCGAAUCGCUCCGAGUUCGCCGGAACGGAUGUACGUCGGAAAGCAAAGGACAUGGCACACCUGUAGAUAUGAAAUGCCGGACUAGUGCGAGAAGCGAGCGGCCGACCAGUAGAGGCAGAGCAAACGAGAAGCAGAGCAAAGUAGUGAAGAAAGGGUAGAGAGCAAGCACGUAGAGCGAGGGAGAAAAAGUGCUAGAGAAAAAAAAGAGCAUUCCGUCGCUGAAAAUUUGCGUGGCGCGCAAAAAUUAGCGGAAAGAAUGAGUCACGCUCAACAGCAUGUGCUUGCGAGCGCGAUAGUCCUCGCGCUGUUAGUGGUAUUUGGCAUCCACGUCUUCCUGUUUCCCAUGUACACGUCGACCCCGCCGGCACGUCACAUGAAGAUCUUCGCGUACGAGCAGGCGCUCUGUCGCACGAACCUGAAGAAUGUCCGUAUACCGGCGUCGGAGUUGCGCAACAAUCCCUGCCCCAAGUACGGCAUAGUCUCGGCGGUACAGGGCGGUAGGCUGGGCAACCAGAUCUGGGAAUACGCCUCCGUGUGGGCGACCGCCCGGAGGACCGGCCUAGAGCCGUUCAUGCCGCGCUGCAUCCUCAAGACUCUGGAGGAACACUUCGAGAACCUCAGCAUCCCACCGCUCAGCUAUAUUGGCAGAUGUACGCUCGACGUCGGUCAGGUGGUUAAUUCGCUUAGUCAGUGGAACAGCACGGAGCAAAACAUCAUUAUACCCAGGCACGCGGCUUAUUGGUCUUUGAUAUUAGUCUGGCUGGACGAUGUACGGCGGGAAUUUACGUUUAAACCGAGUCUAAGGAUCUACGCGGAGAAAGUAUUGAAACGCGUGGCGGAGAAGUUCAACCUGUCCUCGCCGACCUACGUCAGCGUACACGUGCGCAGAACCGACUACGUAGAUUACCUCUGGCAGAAGUUGAAGACGCGGCCGGCGCCGGUAAAUUACUACCUGUCGGCGAUGGAUUACUUCGCCGGCAAGUACAGCAACGUGGUCUUCGUAGUGACGAGCGAUAAUAUCGCCUGGUGCAAGUAUAACUUGCGCAGUAAGCGUCAUCGAAUCAGCUUCGUGUCGGAGAACGAUGGCAAGGGCCCAGGGAAAGAUCUGGCGGUCUUGUCCGCGUGCAAUCAUAGCAUAAUAGAUUACGGUACUUACGGCUCCUUUGGGGCGAUUUUGGCCGCCGGCGAAACCGUAGUUUACAAUGUAACAACAUACUUUUCUACGUUGAUCGCUGACGUUCUACCAAACUGGAGGAUAAUGAGUUGAACGAGAAAAUUAAAUAAUCCGUAAAGCUAACAAGAUCGCAUUUAUGUUACGUCGUACGCGCGUACAUUUUUUUUUGUAAUACACAUAAUUUUUUCGAAAGUCAAUAAAUUAUUCUUGAAAACUUUUAAUUAAUUUACAACGAGAGAGUUUCCGGAAACUUAUGGUUCCUUUUCAAUGCCAGUAAAGUACAAAAUUUGCAAUUCAACGUUGAAAUUAAUUAACACAACUCUUAUCAGACCGCAGACCAAGCGUGUACAAGCCACAUAGAUAAUCAUCGUACAUUUACAUCUGCUAUUUAUGCGAGUAUAUGGUAAUUUUGAACUACUUGAAAGUGUACCUUGCCUUUCUCCUAUCUAGAUAAUACAUACGCUCAUAUAUUUUCUUUUUAUUUAUCACGCAAAUGCGUAAGGAUCUCGCUAGUAGUAAAAUGAAAGUGUGUUGCUACAUGAAUAUAUAAAUUUUAUAUGUAUAAAUGCGUCAUACUGCUUAACGAUGUUAAGCAUAUAUUACGCUCCCAUUUAAAUUGAGUGUGCGCACCAAGUUAGAAAUCGAUGCACCUUUAAACGUAGCGAGCGAAUCUUUAAAGGAACUCGAAGAAAAGGUUUACAAUGGAACAAUGGACCACUAAUAUCUAAAAUUGAAACAGAUGCUUAUUUUUUCUACGACUCUGAUACACACUCGACACGGCCGUAAAAAUUUAAUGAAAAGGAAAAGCAGCGUAGAUCGGAUGUUCUUUUCAGACAAGGUGGUAACCAAACGAGCCUAAUUCAAAGAAAGAUAAAAAAAAACACGCGUACAGAUAAAUUCUAAAUUUUGCAGUGCUCAGAAUUAUCUGGUUAAUCUCUUAGCGUUUCGCGCGAUCUUUUCCGAAACCUGAAUUUUUUAUAUAUUAUUUCGUAAUUUUCUAUAAUGUAGCCUAGUGUUGUGGGGUUUUAAGUUAAUUUACACGGUUCAAUGUGCAUUUCAUAUCGUAGCAAGCGUGUAACAUACACUUCACAGAAACACGAAACCGACGUAUUGACAAAACCAUCUGUAAAUCUUAUAAUGUACAAUGAUUUCAACUGUGAUUCUAUUUCUUAUUGUGCCAAAAUUCUUAAUAUACAUAUAAGCAUAUAUAUAAAUAUAUAUGUAUACAUAUAUGUAUAUAUAUUAUAUAUAUACGUAUACACAUC